AGAAUUAGUUUAUUUUGUAAAGCACCAUAUAACUGCUGCAAACACAGCAGAGAAAGGAGCAAAUAAGAAUUGGUAUGAAUAUUUGAUACCCCCCUAAGGAUACCAUUAUCCACAUGGCAGACCCACUUUUCACGGCAUGCACCAUCCCAUUGGGCAGCUUGUUCGGCAUUCCUGUUCGUCUUCAUUUCUUGUUCGUUGUCGCACUCUUCUUGGCUGUUCUGAGCCAAGCUUUCGUCUCUGCACAAUCAGUGGCUUGGGCUGUUGUCUUGUUCGGGCCCAUCCUGCUGUUGACGGUCUACAUUCACGAGCUUGGGCACUGCCUGGCCUCGCGCAAGGUGGGUGCUGAGGUGCACGGAAUACUUCUUUGGCCACUGGGAGGACUGGCCUUUGUGGGGCACUCAACGUCCCCAAAGACAGAUCUCUUUGUGUCAAUUUCAGGACCAUUGACGCACGUUCCACAGUUCUUCAUAUGGUUUGCAAUUUUGGCGGUAUCCUCCCAUGUGGUCCACCACGGAUGGACACCAUCUUUGAGCGUGCCUGAUCCCAGGCAGCAUUUCUGGCUGGCCCUUUGCGCAGGAGCCUCUCAGCUGAACCUCUACAUCAUGGCCUUCAACCUGUUGCUCCCGGCCUACCCGCUCGAUGGGGGGAGGAUAUUUGCAGACCUGCUGCUGCUGUGCGGGGUGAAUGCUAGGACGACUGCCAUCAUCACAGUGGUGCUCGCUGUGGCCAUCGCUGGGGCCCUCAUAGCCUGGGGCAUUGUGGAAGUGGCCAUCCUCACGAUUGCGGUUGGCAUCUGGAUGCUAUAUACAUCGGCGGAGUUGGGGCUAGCGAUAAAGAAUGGCACGGUGACCCAGCACCCAAUGUUUUGCUACGACAACCUUUCAGGCUCUGGUCCACCCAGACAGCCCACCUCUGCCCCUGAAGUCAUGCUCCCAGCAAAUCAGCCCCGCAGUGCCGCGGUGUGAUAUCCCAUGGGCAUGUGCCGGGCCUGGGUCCAAUUAUCUUUUUGUUUUCUUUCAGUGAUCUCAACAUCCAGCAGCUCAGCAUGGAGGCUUUCUCAGACGGCAAUGUGUGUGGCGCUCCGAUAGGGGCGACCCUCGACGGUACUUCCAGAAGAGCCACGAAAGUUGGGCUUUGAAGCAUGUAUCUCGAUACAGCGCAACACAAAUAAGUCACGGACACAUAAAAUACUUCAUUAUUCUCUUGGCCCUAUGUCGAGGCACGAUAAAAAGGAAGAGCGCGGCACGCACCAUCAUCGGCUGAACUCAUACACGUUAAUCGUGAGUUCCAGGGAGUAAAGCAUAUGAGCCAGCAGUUAUCGUCGGAAAAUGCCCAGGCUGGUAGCGUGUGAAGCAUCUUGGACAGUACUGGGGCCCUCAAAGAGCCAGUCGUGUUUACACUAGAUGUUUCUAGAACACCUGCGGCUUUUUGAACACCUGCCAGCAGAGGUGAGCCCUUUUGCGAACCUGACGGUGUCUGAUGGUUUUGUUGGCGGCCAAAGCCUUCAGGUCUUGUCUCAGUAGCUUAGCAGUACUUGGUGGACGCUGAUCUCUUGUGGGACUGGGCACCCUACUUGUGAUUGGCCCUUUCCUGUCUUGUGGGGGCACAUCUGAUCUAAUGUAGGAUUUGGCGGCGUCCUGCGUGAUGGUUAGGUUGUUCUCAUGAGCUGGAACAUCGCUGCUUUGUGUGGCUUUGCUGGACCCAUCCAUGUCUGCGUGUGUUGAUGAUUGCUCGGUGAUUGGGAGUGCUGUGCUGACACUUUCCGUGCUACCUUUGCUCUAUUGGAACUAGUAGAUCGAAUGUUGUUGUUGACCACAACAUUAGGAUGUGACCACGUCUUGUCCGGUCUCUGCUCAGGCACACCAGUGUGUAGAACACAGCACAUCUAAUCAGCCCGUAUUGGCUGGCACGAUGUAAUGUUUCUCUCUCUCUCU